GUUUUUAUAAUUUAAGCGUUUUAUAGAUACAGAACAAGUUUUUGAUAAUAUUUUCGAUUUAAUCGCAUGAAUCAAGAAUAAAAUGUCAGAAGACAGUGAUCUUGAUGAAAAUGACCAGAAUGUCGGUUUUCUGUUUAAAGCAAUGCGCAACAGGGACCCAAGGAAGCGGAAAGUGAAGCCAGUAUCACGUCAUCUGAUGCAGGUGAACUUUGGCGGAGAUGACAGUGAUAAUGACAGUGACUACCAGGUGAAAAUGUCAGAUAUGAGUGAAGAUGAGGGCGCUGCUGAUAAUGAACCUGAAGAAGAUAUGGAGGAUUGUGAAGAAGAAAGUGAACAGUCGAAGAGCAAUUCAGAUAAAAAUGAAGAUGACGAGGACAGUGAGGGGUCUAAAGGCAAGGAAAAUUCAGAUGAUAAUGAUGACGACAGUGAUGAUGAUGAUGAUGAUGAUGACAGCGAUGGUGAUGACAGUGAUGAUGAAGCUAGCGAUGAGGGUGUGGGCAAUCCAAAAAGAAAUUAUUUUGAAAACAUAAACAGUGAUGAUGAUGAUGAGGACUAUGUUCCACGCAAGAAGCAGAAGACAAAUGGGAAGAGAAUCAAGAAGCCCACGGAGAAACAGAGAAUCAGGUCGUCUGAGGUUUCCCAGGACUUAGAGGAGCCAAGCCCAGAGGAUUCAUCCAGUUCGAGGCCGGUUAAAGUCAUUGUGUGCUGUGUGUGUCUAGGUGAUAUCAGUGAGUCAGAUGAUGAGAUAGUUGAGUGUGACAACUGUGGAGUUGCCGUGCACGAGGGUUGCUAUGGUAUCAGUGACAACCAAUCAGCAGCUAGUUCUGAGUCGUCUGCAAGCACAGAGCCAUGGUUCUGUGACGCCUGCAAAGCUGGGGUCAAACCGGACUGUGAGCUGUGUCCGAAUGAGGGUGGAAUUUUCAAGGAGACAGAUGCUGGCAAGUGGGUUCACCUGGUAUGUGCCCUCUACACCCCUGGGGUGGCCUUUGGAGAUGUGGACAAACUGUCACCUGUUACAUUGUUUGAGAUGCCAUACUCCAAGUGGGGACUUAGGGAGUGCUCUCUGUGCGAGGACUCGAGGUUCUCCAGGACGGGAGUGUGUGUCAGCUGUGAUGCCGGUAUGUGUCGCAGCUACUUUCAUGUCACAUGUGCUCAGAGAAAUGGACUGUUGUCAGAGGCGUCACCAGAUGAGGACAUAGCUGACCCAUUCUACGCAUACUGCAAGCUACAUGCAGACAAAAUAACGAUGAGGGCUAAACGUCGUAACUACCUGGCUAUUCAGAGUCACAUGAGACAUCACGCUGAGAAUGAUAUACUAGAUGAACGGGAAAAGGUUCGCUUUCGAAGAAAACUGAUGAAGCAUAGACAGAAAUACAACAUAGCCAAGGCGGAAAGGCCUCCAUCUUGGGUACCUCCCCAGAAACUGGUCCGGUUCCUCACAUCAAGUCCAUCUGUUGUGAAGAAAAUGCUGAGAAAGGCUGAACUCAUGGGCAUUAUUACACAGUCGACCCAUGUUGUACAUGCCACAGAGAAACAGCAGGAGAGAAAGAAAUCACACACCGGCCCGGCCCUGUCCACGGAAUAUGUAACUUACUAUCUAGACCGGAAUGUACGCAUAGAGAAGAUGAAGGCUGACCUACGGGAACUGGAGAAACAACAUGUGAAACUCCGCAAACAGGAUGCCACUCUCCGGCAACAGUACGAUCAGUUGUUGAAGGACUCAUCCCGAACAGAGGGCCCAGGUAUGACUGUACUGGAACAGGGGCAACAACUCUGGGCGCUUUUAUCAGAUCUCGCUGAAAAUCCGUUACCAAUGCCGAGCAUGUUCGUGGCAAAGAAGUCCACCAUGACAUCAGCGAAGAAGGAAGUUGUCAGAUCUCCAACGGCUGUCAUCAACCAGUGUGGCAAGUGUGGGCUGUCCCAUGAUCAACACCUACUGGCCAAGUGUGACAUGUGCCACCUAUGGUAUCACCUGGCAUGUCUUGAGCCUCCCCUCACUCGCAUGCCUAAGAAGACCAGCAGAUGGGGAUGGCAGUGUUCCGAGUGUGCAAGAUCCAGCAGUGAAGAAAGUGAGGACUCGAGCUGCGUCAACGUGAACGCCCCUCGCAGACUGAGAGAGAAGAUCAAGGAACCGGCCAAAAUAUCCCAGCAGCAAAUGGACAUGGAGUUUCUCUUCCCUUCAAUGGGAAAGAAGAAAGGUAAGAAGACUGGAAGCAAGGAUUCAAGAAAGAAGUCCGUAUCAUCAAAAAGCAAGUCAUCAAAGAACACAGAAACCAGGAAGAAGAAAACGCCACUAGAAACAACUAUCCAAUCAGAAGAGUCCAACUCAGUGCCAGAAAUAGCACAGUCACCUAAUGAGGAGUCCCCAUCCAGGGAUUCCCCAAUAGAUGGCACCACUGGGGAAUCCCCUGUGGGAAUCUUGUAUGAUGAUGAUAAUGAUGAUGAUUAUCCCAUAGACGAAGAAACCGGGGUUGGAAGUCCAAUUGAUGGAACAGCAGGUAAUAGCCCCUCACUGGUGGAUCUUAGUGAUGACAGCUCUAUGGAAGUUCAGAUACACAUUGAGGAGCAGUCUACUCCUAUCGGGAAACAUUCCAUGUCACACAAUAUGUCAAGUGUGUCACGGACUGGCAGGAAGAUCAUAAAGAAGCGUCACUAUGACGAUGACAGUGACGACAGUGACGUGUCACCAAUGCAACACUGCUCUAGUGAGUCCAAAAUAGCCAGCCCUGAUCGAACCACCAGACGUAGGUCAGCGUCUAAGACACCGCCAGAGAAAUCUCUCAACCUGACUUGUGUUACCUGUUCAAAGCUCGGAGAUAAGAAAAACAUGGUCAGUUGUGACAGUUGUGAGCAGUACUAUCAUUUUCGGUGCCUCGAUCCGCCUUCCAAGAAGACACCUAAACAGCGUGGCUACACAUGGUUCUGCGAGGCUUGUGAUAUAGAUAAAGAUUCAGAUAACGAGGAAGACAACUGACGUGGAGAUUCUGGGUUGUGCAAAUGUAAAUAGUAAUAGAAAAAAAUAAAUUUGGACAAAACA